CGGGAUUUGAGGUCAUAUUGGCAGUGGAUAAAGCAGAGGAAUAAGAAGGGCAGACAGCAGCAGCUCUUCCUUCCCUUCUUCGUCUCCGGUACUCAUCCUAUUAUUCCAUGUCGUCGAUGCUGGUGGUGUCUGCCGCCCGCUUCCCAUUCGUAAGAGCUCGCUGGAGCCGAUCAUCGCUCCUCCUUCCUCGACUUGUCGGACGGCGAAAGGGGCUCCCGAGAAACCGCAGAGGCAAAGCUCGCAUUGAGAACUGCUCCGUCUCGGCCAAGAAUUCCAAGCAGUCUUUGGUGUUUUCAGGUCUCCAAAAGAUUCUGUUGUGCCCAAAUUUAUCAAUGUUCUAUGAUGGAAGGAAAAAGUUUGCAAGAGCAAUAGCUGUGAUUCUCAUAUUUACUCAAAUAUCAUUUCCACUACAUUUGAGCAAUUGGGUGCCCUGGUUUCUAUUUUCUGCAAAUGCAGUGCUUUAUUCGCCUGACACUAAGGUCCCUAGAACUGGAGAACUUGCUUUGAGGAAGGCAAUUCCUGCCAAUUCAAACAUGAAAGCAAUUCAGGAUUCUUUGGAGGAUAUCUCAUACUUGUUAAGAAUACCCCAAAGAAAGCCCUAUGGUACAAUGGAAAGUGAUGUGAAGAAGGCUCUGAAGAUUGCAACUGAGGAGAAGGAUGCAAUCUUGGGUAACAUACCGAUGGAACUCAAGGAAAAAGGCUCUUUGCUAUAUACUACUUUACUUGAUGGAAAGGGGGGAUUGCAAAACCUUAUUGAGUUCAUAAAGGUAAAGGACCCAGAUAAGGUAUCUGUAGGUCUUGCUUCAUCUCUUGACACAGUAGCAGAACUGGAACUGUUGCAGGCUCCGGGCUUGUCUUUUCUGUUGCCUGAACAAUACAUGAAGUACCCAAGGCUAACAGGUAGAGGAACAGUUGAAUUUACCAUUGAGAAAGUGGAUGGCUCCACAUUCUUUCCAAGUGCUGGUGGUGAACCAAAAACGACAACUACCAUCCAGGUUGUCCUUGAUGGAUAUUCUGCCCCACUAACUUCUGGGAACUUUGCGAAAUUGGUGAUCGAUGGAGCAUAUGAUGGAGUCAAGCUGAAAUGUGCAAGCCAAGCUAUUUUAUCGGAUAAUGAACUUGAGAAUUAUGGGUAUAGUGUUCCAUUAGAAAUGAUUCCAUCUGGACAAUUUGAACCAUUAUACAAGACGACUCUCAGUGUUCAGGAUGGAGAGCUGCCUGUGCUUCCCUUAUCUGUAUAUGGAGCUGUUGCCAUGGCACAUAAUAUAGACUCCGAAGAAUACUCCUCACCAUCUCAAUUUUUUUUCUAUCUCUAUGACAAGAGAAAUUCUGGCUUAGGAGGUUUGUCCUUUGAUGAAGGCCAAUUUUCCGUUUUCGGAUAUACAGUUGGUGGAAGAGAAGUACUGCCACAAAUAAAAACAGGAGAUAUUAUUCGAUCAGCUAAAUUGGUGCGAGGUCAAGACCGCCUCAUACUCCCCGACGGAAAUUAAUCUGCUUAUCCACACAACAUAAUUCUUCCAUUCCUUUGUGGUUUGCUCUUAAGAAGGCAUAGACUUUUCUUGUCAAAGGCUGUGCUAUUAAGCUGUAACCUAUUGUGUUUCAUUGCUAGGACAUGGAACCAUGAGCCUGGAGAGUUUGAGUUAGUGUGUGCUACAUGAUUCAUUUUGUUCUUCUUGAUGCA